UCGGAGCUGAGCAGAACUUGUAGCUGCCGGCCACAUAAAUCAUAAUUGAGCAAGAGAUCUCAUUGAACAAUCCCAACCACCUUCUCCUGCCCGGUUCUCCCCCCUAAUCCACCUGCCGUGGUGCUCGCCGGCGAUCUGUCUGACUACAACACGAAGGAGGAAGCCGAGAAGAACAGUUAACAGGGACCGCCUGCUUCCUUCCUUCUCAGAGUUAUUUCCUGAAGAUUCCUGCACCAUAUGUACAAUAUUUCAAGGCUACCAUAGCAACUAAGGACAUGAGUUGGUGUUGCCUCCCGAGAUCCAAGAACCAAGAGAACUCUCAGGCUACUACAGCAACUGAGCAUACGAGUUGGUGUUGCCUUCAAAGAUCCAAGCAACAACAGAAUCCUCACCCUCAGGCUAUGACAGCAAGUCAGGAUAUGAGUUGGUGUUGCAUUCCAAGAUCCAAGAAACAACAGAAUACUUACGCACAUAGCGUAGGAGGAAUUUCAGCUGAGAAGAACAUAAGACUCUUCUCUUAUUCUCAGUUGAGAUCAGCAACAGACAACUUCAACCGUACCAAUAAAGUCGGCCGAGGUGGCUUUGGGACAGUAUAUAAGGGAACCACUAGAAGCAUGCAAGAUAUUGCAGUGAAAGUUCUUUCUGCUGAAUCUAAACAAGGCACCAGAGAAUUCUUGACAGAAAUUGAUGUUAUUAGCAAUGUCAAGCAUCCUAACCUUGUUGAGUUAAUUGGCUGCUGCGUCGAAGGCGAUCAUCGGAUUUUGGUGUAUGAGUAUCUGGAAAAUGGCAGUCUUGACCGUGCACUAUUGAGUUCUAACAGUGAACCUGCUAGUUUUACUUGGAGCAUAAGAUCGGGCUUAUGCCUUGGUGUUGCCAGAGGUCUUGCAUACCUGCAUGAAGAGAUUCCAUCGCCAAUUGUACACAGAGAUAUCAAGGCUAGCAAUAUACUUAUCGACAAAAAUUACGUUCCCAAGAUCGGGGACUUUGGUCUGGCAAAAUUAUUUCCUGAUAAUAUCACCCACAUCAGUACCCGGGUAGCUGGAACAACAGGCUACCUUGCACCUGAAUAUGCCUGGCAUGGCCAAUUAACCAAGAAAGCAGAUACAUACAGCUUUGGGGUCCUUGUAAUCGAGAUCAUAAGCGGCUUGAGUGGUUCGAGGAUCCUAAUGGCUGAGGAUAAGCUUCUUCUAGAAAAGACUUGGGAGCUCUAUGAAGAGGGGAAGCUCGAGGAGAUGGUUGAUCCAUCUAUUGGGACAUACCCCCAAGAGGAGGCCAUCCGGUACCUCAAGGUAGCCCUCUUUUGCACGCAGGCAGCAGCAUCGCGGCGCCCCUCAAUGUUGCAGGUGGUGAAGAUGCUGUCCAAGCCCAUCCGGAUCAAUGAGAGCGAGCUGACUGCACCAGGGUACAUCAACGAAUACAAGAGCAACGAUUCCAAGGCAACUGCCUCCACAGAUUCAAGGUUGAAGAACUCCACAGCAGAGGAUUCCGACAUGUUCAGCACCGUUGUUCCGCAAACAGUGACUGAUGUGAGCCCAAGGUGAAACAGGCAUUAGGGAGGCUUGUCUGCUAUGUUUACAGCCACUGUGUAGUUGACAACACCAUAGUGAUAAGUGACAAUACCAUGCCAUGUUGAGUGUGUUCUUUUUGAACGGGGAGUGUGUUGCUGUAAUGCGGCAACUAGAAUACUAGAUCUUGUACAUGAUAGAUUAGUUAUUCAUAACGGAGCAAUGUUUGACAGUAUGAGUUAAUCCAACAGAAUUUCAGAAGUGAUCA